AUGCGACAAGAUAUAGCUCCAGAAGAAUGGAUUCGUCUCGACCGUGAUCAAAGAUUCUCACAAUGUGAUGAUCAAGUGAAGAGUGACGAGCAGACAUGGCGAUCUGGUAUCAAAAUUGCCACUCACUCUUCUGCUCGUUUCGCUCAUCCCAGCUCACUGUCUCUUCCCGAAGGUGAGAAGUCGGGCAUCAAAAGGCGGCACUUCUCCGUGCUCCCGCGCUUCGACCCAGACGAAACAUCUUCCCGGUCCCUGGAGAAGAGCUUUGCGGUGGCGAACGAGCGAGUCCCAGAGCUAGCGGCCAGAGCUGCACGAAACGCUCUGGAUGAGUGGGGACGACCAGCCUCGAGCAUCACUCACCUCAUCGCCGCAGACCUCCGCGACGUGUCGAUGAUGAUCAGCACGGUUCUUUUCGGCGAUGGAGCCAGCUCCGUCAUCGUCGGCUCCAGCUCCUCUCUCGAGCUCCAGGAAAAACCACUCUUUGAAAUCUCCUCCGCGGCUCAAGUUCUAGUCCCUGACACCAGCGAGCACAUCACGAUCAAACUCCGGCCCAGCGGCUUGCACGUAGAUCUCUCGCGGGAGGUGCCUCGAGCCAUAUCCACCAACAUCGCCCAAGUUAUGUCUCGAGUUCUUCCGGGCUUCCCGAGCUACCACGAUUUGUUUUGGGCUGUUCAUCCGGGCGGACCAGCGAUCCUGGAUGCUGUUGAGCAAGCUUUGGAGCUCUAUCGCCACAAGCUUGCUGCGAGCAGACACGUUCUUGCCGAUUGUGGAAACAUGUCCUGCGCGGCGUGCCUCUUUGUGAUUGACGACGAGCAGUGAAAGGUGGCG